AUGUUUUGUGCUGUUGUUGCGUGGCUUCUGUUCCUAUUGAUGCCGUUCUGCUGCCGCGAGGUAAGCGGCAAGACUAAGUGCGCCCAGGCAAUUGGCGUGCUCGACUGUCCGUCUGAUCCGAAGAAGGCAGCUGACGUUGAGGUGUAUCUGAUGGAUGACGACGGUUUUCUGAAUCCGGAUGACACAAUGGGAUGGACGACCAGCAACGAAAAAGGCGAAUUUACUGUUCAGGGUUGUGGAUAUGAUUUAUGGUCAUUGCCUGAACCAUACUUGAAAAUUUUACACUUCUGCGGCAGCAGCAGUGAGAAGGUCUUGAAAACGCCAGCUAAAUAUAUAUUCAGACCACACACUAUUGACUACGGUAUUAUCAGCUUGGAAGGAAAUUAA